AUGACAAUUUCUUAUGAGGAUUCAAUUGUUACUUUGUUUUUUAAAUGGAAAGCAAAUCCGAAAGAAGAGCUUGGAUUGAAAUACUACUUUGAACAACUUGUGCCCAUUUUUGAGUCCUAUUCUGAGCGUCUUCCUAUCACUUUCAUUCUCGGUUUUUAUGUCACUCAAAUCAUUCAAAGAUGGUGGACACAAUUUCAAUUAAUUUCCUGGCCUGAAGAUCUCCUUUCCGUUGUUUAUAUGAUAAUUGUGGAAAGAGAUGAAGCACAUAAAAGGAUAAAGCAUCAAAUAACGAGAUAUCUCAAUGUGGCUAAUGUUUUGGCGUGGCGAGACAUCUCAAGCCAAGUUCGGAUUCGUUUCCCUUCGGUUCGAAAUCUCGUCAAGGGUGGUCUGCUCACAGAGAAAGAAUUCAAUCGACUUGAACAUGAAGGUAACAUCUCCGGAGCUCGUUGGAUGGUCCCUCUCACUUGGAUUCAAGAGAUCAUGUCCACUUAUGUUGAGGCAAACCAUUCUCGUCUACCACUUGUUGGAACUUUCUUGUCCGAGCUUCAAAAGACAAGAGCCUCGGUCCGGAAUCUUUACUGUCACGAUUGGGUACCGAUUCCGUUAGUUUACACGCAUAUUGCAGCUCUCGCAACUUAUUCCUACUUUGGUUUUGCUCUGAUCGGGCGUCAAUUCACCGACAAAAGCACCGUCGAUCUAGUGAUCCCAGUCUUCACAAUGGUUCAAUUCAUCACUUACGUUGGCUGGUUAAAAGUUGGAUUGGAUCUUCUUAGACCUUUUGGAGACGAUGAUGACGAUAUUGAGUUGGGUUAUAUUUUGGAUCGAAAUCUCGAAGCUUCUUUUGCUUUCACGCAUAAGAUUCACCCAAAUGGAGCACCCGAUUUUGAAAAUGACGAGAUCUGGCAACACUAUCAAGACGAAACAAAUCCCCAUUUGAGUCGGGUCAGAAACAAAAUUCAGAGUCAAUUAUUCAAUGGAGGACGUUGGGUUCCUCAAACAAUCAAUCAAGGACGAGCUUUUAUUGGAGAGGCGCCAAGGUUGCACGCUUAUGUCACAAUUGGACACCACAAGUUGUUGCAGAGAAGGAGACAUAAAAAGAGUUUCAUCUCUUGG